AUGAGCACCGCUUCUCUUCGCAAGACAUCACCAUCCUCUUUCGCACUUGUACAUACACGCGACCACCCCACCGGAAUAUCGCCCGAUGUUGAAGGUACGGAGAGCAUGGAAAUGACCACACUCCUGGUCAAGCAGUAUCCGCCACUGUUUCAUGCAGCCCUUGAUACACUCGCACUCGAGAGGGCGCUCGCCGUGAUGACGAACCUUCGACAUCUCCGACUCAUCGGUAUCGUCGACGCGUGGCAGAUUAUGCGCUCAUGUCGCUACAUUUGA